AGCGGAAGUAGCGCUCCCUCGACAGUCGGUGAGUCUGUCAAAAGAUUGUUUUGUGCUCGUGCUACUUCUGACAGUGACCGCUCGAGCUGCCGAGUCCCUGCUCUAAGGUAAGUAGCAAGUUGAUGAAGGUUUGCAAAUUGUUUAGCUAGCUUCACAUUUCUGUCAGCUGUAGCGGCAUCCAUAGCCUUGUAGUUAGCUAGCUAGCAAACGCUAUUGCGUGAACUUCUCGAUACCAACGGCGUUUAGCUAACGUUACACACCCACAAAAGGAAGUUAUUGGACUUUGCACCAAGCUAACUAAACCAGCUAGCUAUCUACCUAAACAUUACUGAGGGGUUAUACAUGGAAAUCCAGCUAGGACAGCUGCUGUAGCUAGCUAAAAAGACAUAUCUCAACCUCCCCAGUGCCUCCUUAGACAGGUCAGGGAACUUACGGGCAUGUCAGAACUUGUCUGUGUCUGCUUUUUCUACGAUGUCUGCUGCUACUACUUCUGUGUUACUGGAAGUACCCCGCCUCACUCAUCUGUAUCAAAACACCAGUGCCAGUGUGCCAGAAAGGGGAUGAAGUGAAAAGCACCUUCCUCAAGUGCAUCAGGACUAUCGUUCAUUCUUCACAUUUUAGUGUGUUGAUGAUGCAUAAUGUUUGUCUCUUUUCUGCAGUGAUUGAGAUACAGAUAAAGGAUGGCACCAAAGAGAAGGGCUGCCUCAUCCACCAAAGCCAAUAAAGCAGGUGGAAAGAAGGUGAAGCAAGAGCCUGACACACCAAAGGAUGCCUUUACCUCUGCCAAAGAGGCUCUGAAGGCUGCAGGGCCAGAAGUUAAGGGCAAAAGGAAGGCUGAUGAGCACUGCUUGCUGUCAGAACAGCAUUCAGGAAGGGUGAGUUGGACAUCAUAUCAAGGCAGGGAGUAGGCUAUUUAUUGGGCUGCCUGUACCUCCAAUCAGACAAAUAUAUUGUGUACUAUUUCAACUCAAAAGUCCUCCUGUGCAGCCAUUACUACUCCAUUGAGGUACUUUGAAAGUGUUACUGUGAUUGAAGCAUUUGUCACACACUGACCAUUACAUUUACAUUUUAGUCACUUAGCAGACGCUCUUAUCCAGAGCGACUUACAUGAGCAAUUAGGGUUAAGUGCCUUGCUUAAGGGCACAUCGACAGAUUUUUCACCUAGUCGGCUCGGGGAUUAGAACCAGCGACCUUUCGGUUACUGGCACAACGCUCUUACCCACUAAGCCACCUGCCGCCCCAUAAAGGCUAUGACAAUGAAUGGCUUUGUGAGUUCAGUUCAGCCACACCCUUCAUUUAGAAUCCAUGAGGUCUGACUAAUUUCCAUUAUACAAACCUUAGAAGUGACAUGUAGGGUACAGUAAUAGUUUCAGUUGGAAGUAAACUCCCUGAGAGAGAGAUAUACACUUGCCCCCUGCAUUCAUCUAAUACAGAAGGGGUCUAUGCUCUUGUCUCCUUGUUCAAGACAUUAGCUUUGCUCAGUUGUAAUGUACGCUCCCCCAAGACACCUGAGAUAAUGAGUGUGUAAGGUCACUCAUAUCUACUGUAUAUGCUGCAUUCAGUUAUAGCUAUUUCAAAAGACCAAUGUGUUGCUACAGUAUGUGUGCUAAUCAUUCAUAUGUAGCGGAAUCUAAAACUGUCACUAGUUACAGGUAUUUGACUUGAUGAUUUGUUUGAUCAGCCUUGCAGUCACGUCAGUAGGACAGACUGCUGUGCAGUGCAAUAGAUGAAUGUGUCCAUUUUUAUCUGACUGCUUUCCUGAAUCAUGUUCCUCCUUUAAUCUCCCCAACAGGUGUAUGAAGAUUAUGAUUGCAUGUUGAAUCAGACCAACAUUGGAAAUAACAACAACAAGUUUUAUGUUAUUCAAGUGUUGCAUAUAGAUGCCUCUUACUACUGCUGGACCAGAUGGGGGAGAGUGGUAAGCUACAUUUCAGACAGACAAGAUGGUAGUUUACUGCACAUUCCUGUGUAAACUUUAGUAGUAAAUCUACAUUUAAGUGAAUUAUGUUAAGUACUAAACUAUUAAUUUCUUGAGCAUCCAGAAUUGAAGCAUCAUUUUCUCCUCUCUCCUUUACAGGGAGAAACAGGCCAGUCAAACCUAUCAGACCCCUCCGACAGCCCAGACAAAGCCAUCAAAGACUUUGAGAAGAAGUUCAAAGACAAGACAAAGAACAGCUGGAAGGAGCGGGACAACUUUGUGUCUCACCCAGGGAAGUACACCCUGAUAGAUGUGGAUGGAGACCAGGAUGCAGAGGUCAAGGUACAGUGGUGGCUGGGUCUCAGUAGGACUAGGGAUUCUAAAAUAGGGUUAGGCGAUUUUACGAUUGCAUCGUCUAUCAACGAUGUUUGACAGCCAUUGUCGAUGGUAAUGACAUUGUGAUAUCAUAAACAAUGUUUUAGCAUAUUUGAACUUAAAUUCAGCACCGGAGUCUGGCAGCGCACAACAGCGCAGCGGAGUGAACACACAGCAGGGCGACAAGCCAAAUGGCCUAUUCCCUAUUUGCCAUAGCCUACAUUUUCAGUACAUACAGUACCAGUCAAAAGUUUGGACACACCUACUCAUUCAAGGGUUUUUCUUUAUUUUUACUAUUUUCUACAUUGUAGAAUAACAGUGAAGACAUCAAAACUAUGAAAUAACACAUAUGGAAUCAUGUAGUAACCAAAAAAGUGUUAAACAAAUCAAAAUAUAUUUUAGAUUCUUCAAAGUAGCCACCCUUUGCCUUGAUGACAGCUUUGCACACUCUUGGCAUUCUCUCAACCCGCUUCACCUGGAAUGCUUUUCCAACGGUCUUGAAGGAGUUCCCACAUAUGCUGAGAACUUGUUGGCUGCUUUUCCUUCACUCUGUGGUCCAAACCAUCUCAAUUGGGUGAGGUCGGGUGAUAGUGGAGGCCAGGUCAUCUGAUGCAGCACUCCAUCACUCUCCUUCUUGGUCAAAUAGCCCUUACACAGCCUGGAGGUGUUGGGCCAUUGUCCUGUUGAAAAACAAAUGGGAUGGCGUAUCGCUGCAGAAUGCUGUGGUAGCCAUGCUGGUGAAGUGUGCCUUGAAUUCUAAAUAAAGAACCAUCACUACACCACCUCCAUGCUUCACGGUGGGAACCACACAUUCGGAGAUCAUCCGUUCACCUACUCUGCGUCUCACAAAGACACAGUGGUUGGAAUCAAAAAUCUCAAAUUUGGACUCAUCAGAACAAAGGACAGAUUUCCACCGGUCUAAUGUCUAUUGCUCGUGUUUCUUGGCCCAAGCAAGGCUCUUCUUCUUAUUGGUGUCCUUUAGUAGUGGUUUCUUUGCAGCAAUUCGACCAUGAAGGCCUGAUUCACGCAGUCUCCUUUGAACAGUUGAUGUAGAGAUGUCUGUUACUUGAACUCUGUGAAGCAUUUAUUUGGGCUGCAAUUUCUGAGGCUGGUAACUCUAAUGAAGUUAUCCUCUGCAGCAGAGGUAACUCUGGGUAUUCCUUUCAUGUGGCGGUCCUCAUGAAAGCCAGUUUCAUCAUAGCGCUUGAUGGUUUUUGCGACUGCAAAUUUUCCAGAUUGACUGACCUUCAUGUCUUAAAGUAAUGAUGGACUGUCAUUUGUCUUUGCUUAUUUGAGCUGUUCUUGCCAUAAUAUGUACUUGGUCUUUUACCAAAAAGGGCUCUCUUCUGUAUACCACCCUACUUUGUCACAACACAACUGAUUGGCUCAAACGCAUUAAAAAGGAAAGAAAUUCCACAAUUUAACUUUUAGCAAGGCACACCUGUUAAUUGAAAUGCAUUCCAGGUGACUACCUCAUGCACCAUUCUGAGUCCUCAAAGUAAAAAAAUAAAAAAUUAAAUUCUUCCCCCACCCCCCCCCCCCCAUAAAAAAAAAAAAUGGCUAUCAUAAGUUGAAUGCACCAAUUUGUAAGUCGCUCUGGAUAAGAGCGUCUGCUAAAUGAUGUAAAUGUAAUGAUCAUGGGCCUUUUUCAGCGAACACCGUUUGGUUUAUUGUUUAAAAAUCUUUAAUAUCCCCUUUGAAUGUAUUUCCCUCCUUGCAAACCAAACAGCCAAUAAUAGGCUAUUGGCCUACACAUUGGCUACUGUCAUUGAAAGUUGCAGUAGGUUAAACGUUACUUUGACAAGUUAAUACUGGAUCAGUGUCCCGAAAUCGGGACAGUUGUUGCUCAAUAUGCGAUAUUUGACUAGAAGGGCAUUGUAAACAACAGCGAACUUUCCGGGACAUAGACAUGUCUUACAUCGUCAGAAAGCUUAAAUGAUUGUUAAUGUAACUACAGUGUCCAAUUUACAGUAGCUAUUACAGCGAAAAAAUACCAUGCUAUUGUUUGAGGAUAGUGCACAACAAAAAAACACUUAUCAAGGCAACUGGUUUGAUAUAUUUACCUCUGACGGUAAAUAAUGUACUUAGUCAGCCAUCAUUACGCACCAAUGAGACGAGCGGUGUUCACUUGAUUGACAGUGUCUUGGUGCAAUGACCACCUAUUUAGCUAGCUAGAUAGCCAAUGAGCUGGGCUUUACAGUUGUAUGUGAACACCCUUUGUACGACAAACAGCCAUCAAGCUAGAGCUGUCGCAACCGUGUUCAUUCUCAAAGAAAACAGGACGAAUGGUAGUUUGCGUUACGCAGCGCGGUUCAUUCUCUUCUAUAAACUUUUCUCAAAACUGAAAAAGUAAAACAUGGCUACUAAGAGUGGAAAAGCUAAAUCAAAGUCCAUGUAUACAAAUUUGGAUGAGAUUAUUGCAGAAAUUGACCGUAGAGUGACAGAGAACGAAUGGACGAGGACUCUGAGUGAGCACAGUUUUGAUUCCAGCGCAGAAGGAAAAUAUCCACUUUUAGAUCAGUAAGUAAAAUACGUUUUUGCUUCUCAUGCUAAUGCAGUUUUAAAUGUUUGCAUAUUCAUUUGAGAUAUUUCUCUCUCAUAUAUAUAUAUAUAUAUAUAUAUUCACACACAGUGCCUUCGGAAAGUAUUCAGACCCCUUGACUUUUUCCAUAUUUUGUUACGUUACAGCCUUAUUCUAGAAUGGAUUAAAAAUUAAAUAAUAAAAUCCUCAUCAAUCUACACACAAUACCCCAUAAAUACAAAGCAAAACCAGAUUAUUUUUUAAAUUGUUGCACACAAAAAAAAAUGGUUUCCAGGUUUCCUCCAGACGUGACGCAUGGCAUUCAGGCCAAAGAGUUCAAUCUUGGUUUAAUCACACCAGAGAAUCUUGUUUCUCAUGGUCUGAGAGUCUUUAGGUGCCUUUUGGCAAACUCCAAGCGGGCUGUCAUGUGCCUUUUACUGAGGAGUGGCUUCCUUCUGGCCACUCUACCAUAAAGGCCUGAUAGGUGGAGUGCUGCAGAGAUGGUUGUCCUUCAGGAAUGUUCUCCCAUCUCCACAGAGGAACUCUGGAGCUCUAUCAGAGUGACCAUCGGGUUAUUAGUCACCUCCCUGACCAAGGCCCUUCUCCCCCGAUUGCUCAGUUUGGCCGGGCGGCCAGCUCUAGGAAGAGUCUUCGUGGUCCCAAACCUCUUCCAUUUAAGAAUGAUGGAGGCCAUUUGGUUCUUGGGAACCUUCAAUGCUGCAGAAAUUUACUGGUACCCUUCCCCAGAUCUGUGCCUCGACACAAUCCUGUCUCGGAGCUCUACAGACAAUUCCUUCGACCUCAUGGCUUGGUUUUUGCUCUGACAUGCACUGUCAACUGUGGGACCUUUAUAUAGACAGGUGUGUGCCUUUUCUAAAUCAUAUCCAAUCAAUUGAAUUUACCACAGAUAGACUCCAAUCAAGUUGUAGAAACAUCUCAAGGAUGAUCAAUGGAAACAGAAUGCACCUGAGCUCAAUUUCGAGUCACAUAGCGAAGGGUCUGAAUACAUAUGUAAAUAAGGUAUUUCUGAUUUUCAAAAAUGUCUAAACCUUUUUUCCCUUUGACAUUAUAGGAUAUUGUGUGUAGAUUGAGGGGGAAAAACAUUUUAUUUAAUCAAUUUUAGAAUAAGCCGGUAACCUAACAAAAUGUGGAAAAAGUGAAGGGGUCUUUGCUAUGAAGCCCCUAAAUAAGAUAUGGUGCAACCAAUUACCUUCAGAAGGCACAUAAUUAGUUAGAUUGCACACAGGUGGACUUUAUUUAAGUGUCACAUGAUAUGUCACAUGAUCUCAGUAUAUAUACACCUGUUCUGAAAGGCCCCAGAGUCUGCAACACCACUAAGCAAGGGGCACCACCAAGCAAGCGGCACCAUGAAGACCAAGGAGCUCUCCAAACAGGUCAGGGACAAAGUUGUGGAGAAGUACAGAUCAGGGUUGGGUUAUAAAAAAAUAUCAGAGACUUUGAACAUCCCACGGAACACCAUUUAAAUCCAUUAUUAAAAAAUUGAAAGAAUAUGGCACCACAACAAACCUGCCAAGAGAGGGCCGCCCACCAAAACUCACGGACCAGGCAAGGAGGGCAUUAAUCAGAGAGGCAACAAAGAGACCAAAGAUAACCCUGAAGGAGCUGCAAAGCUCCACAGCGGAGAGUGGAGUAUCUGUCCAUAGGACCACUUUAAGCCAUACACUCCAUAGAGCUGGCUUUACGGAAGAGUGGCCAGAAAAAAGCCAUUGCUUAAAGAAAAAAAUAAGCAAACACGUUUGGUGUUCGCCAAAAGGCAUGUGGGAGACUCCCCAAACAUAGGAAAAAGGUACUCUGAGACUACAAUUGAGCUUUUUGGCCAUCUAGGAAAACGCUUUAUCUUAUUUCUUGUUUGUUUCACAAUAAAAAUUAUUUUGCAUCUUCAAAGUGAUAGGCAUGUUGUGUAAAUCAAAUGAUACAAACCCCCAAAAAAAUCCAUUUUAAUUCCAGGUUGUAAGGCAACAAAAUAGGAAAAAUGCCAAGGGGGGUGAAUACUUUCGCAAGCCACUGUAUGUGUUGUACAUUUGAUUUUUUGAUGCAGGGCUCACCCCCUGCUAAAAUAAAGGUUAAAUAAAAUAAGUAAUAGUAUAACUUGAGUUCCAACUGAGUUUUUAAAAUCCUCAAUAGUUGUUGAGACUCAGAUGACCCCUGGGAGCCAACUCCAGAGACCACAUUAAAGUCCUCCAUCCCCCACUCAUUCAAACGUAAUUACUGGUUCCUUCAGUCUGACUCCUGCUGCUGUCUCUGGCUCCACACCCACCCGGCCAAAAUGCAUAACUGCAGACCUGAAUGUGCCUCAGGGCCACAAUAGCACAGCAGGGAGGCAUCAUUGUACUCUGUGCCACAAUAAAUCUCCCAUCACCUGCACUACUUGUGCUGUUACCCUCUGCUUCACAGCAGAAAGAGACUGCUAUGGGACUUGGCAUCUGCAGCACAAUAUUGUGUAGAGGACUGUGGGUGUUCUAAAUACUCUAAUUGUAAAUAGUGUGUAAAUAAAUAAAUAGUUUUUUUUUUCAAUGUGUUUGUUGUGUGUGCAUUUAUGACAUUAGAUCAGUGUUGGCUGCUAACCUGGCCCUUAUCUUAAAUAGUUCACUUCUGUGUUGGGAGGCAUUGGAUCAGAGUUCUCGUCGCGUCUUCUGUUGGUACCUUUCAUGCUGCUAAUGAUGUUCCAUCAUGUAUGACAUUCCUGGGAGUGUGUAAACUUAAACUUAAAUGUUUUAUUUCCAUAGCGUUUUUGUAUGUUCUCUAUAGUUAUGUACUUGGAAAUGUAUCAAUAGACCAAUUCGGCCACUUGGGUACAUUUGGGCAAACUCGUGAGGGACACCUGGGAGACUUCAUACAAAAUAUUAUGUAGCUCUCUCAUUCUUGAAUGUAUCAGUCUGAAACUUUGCACACACACUGUUGCCCUGUUGUGGACAACAUAUAUCUCAAUAUAUGGCCUUUCUUUUGCAGUUCAAAGAUGAUGCAACAAAAAUAGAAAUCGCAUGUUUUUUUUGUUUUUAUCUUUUUAUCUUUUACCAGAUCUAUUGUGUUAUAUUCUCCUACAUUUCAUUUCACAUCUCCACAAACUUCAGUGUUUCCUUUCAAAUAGUAUCAAGAAUAAGCAUAUCCUUGCUUCAGGUCCUGAGCUACAGGCAGUUUAGAGUUGGGUAUGUCAUUUUAGGUGGAAAUUGAGAUGAAGGGUCCUAUCCAGAAGAGGUUAAGCUUAUAAGCUAAUAUGUGUAAUAUUGUCAGUGUUUAUUAAUGUCCUUCAAUUGCGCAACGGGCUAUCGGGCAUAAGCUCCCGCAGCACUUUCAAUAAGCAGGACCAAAAAAUACAUGAAUGAUGAGUCUGUGUUGGAGUUGUCUCACAAACAACUUUAUUUUUGAAUAGCUUACAAAUUGUGCAUUUGUAUAAAAGUCAACUUUAAGAAAAACAAAUUAUUUAGCCUAUAACAUUCUUUAUAACACUUGAAUGAACAUUGGCUUAGGCAAAAAAUGAAUAGGCCAAUUAGGAAAUGCCUUUUGCCUUUCGAACUGUACAAAUCCUAAAUAUAGUUACAAAAUAAAUAAAGUAGCCUAAACAAAAUAAGUACGAAAAUAACACAUUUGUGCAAUAAAACAAAGUGCAAGUAAAUCUUUCAACGUUUGACAGAAUAUGUUACCUAUCCUAUAAGCUAUAUAUUUUGAAUAAGAUUCAUCUGGAUUUGAAUAUAGGCUACAUUUAAAUAAAGUGCAAAGAGGAACCAUUAGGUGUAGUUGUUUUUUACCAUGUCUUAGGCCUACCUAAAGGUUUCUGGCAACGAACACCAGCAUGUUCACCUUUUCUGCCCAGAGUAGCAAACUCAGUAGGAUGAUGGACUUGUAAAUGUUGACGGAGGUUUGUAGUCUGUCCAUCCUUUACCCUGAAUCUUUUUGCGUAUUCUGCAAGUGACUUCGGUCAGGUCUGCUGGCUCACCUUUUAUCCUUCGUCCUGAAACCGAAGAAUGCUUAACAACACUAAGUCAGCCAUAGUUUUUUUUUUUCUGAUUUAGUGUAAGGCAGGCUAUACUAUAGUUACUAAGUGAAAUGCUGUUUUUUUUUACAGUCUGGAGUAGCCUAAAUGAGGAAAGAAUUACGCAAAUGCCCUUACCCAGAUGCUCAAGAUGAUGAUGAAAUAGCAAUAGCCUACACUUUAUAUGGCUGUAAUAUUCAUUUUUAAAAGGUAGGCUAAUAUAACUAUCUAAUAAUAUAGCUGUAAUUUCAGACAUCGCCCAACCAUACUCUAAAGAAUAACAACAUUUUACCUUACUGGCUCCUGUUGUUAGUAUAUCUUACAAUACGCUCCGGCGGUCAGGCUGACUCUCAUUAUUGUUUUGCUGUGUCCAUUUCUGUUCUCUCUAUAACAUGCUCUGUUCUGGCUUUUGCAGGUGGACAGUGUUGAUGGGAUGAUUGUCAAGGGGCCCAGAAACAUCCUCCCUUGCACCCUGGACAAGCCCACGCAGGAGCUCAUCCAGCUCAUCUUCAGCAAUGACAUGUUCAAAGAGGCCAUGGAGUGCAUGAACCUGGGUGGGUGUCAAUUUCAGUCCAGCACACCACCUGUACCCCUCCAGCACUGAAACAACUCUCUGUUCUUGAGUCAGUAAGCCUCGGUGGGGUCUGUCUAUGUACACAUGUUCUGUUAUGUAACAUACCUGUUGGACUGGACUGCUUGUUGUAUUGUGUUUUACUAUGUCAGUGCAAUGAUAUACUUGGCUGUUAAACUGAAGUCAGGGAAGCCCAGGCAUCUGCUCUAUGUGAUCAGAGAAGAGUAUCCUAAAUCAUUAACUAGAGUAAUUUUAAAUGGAUCUGGAGCUAAAUGUCUAAUCCAUAUAAAAACCCAGUCUGUCUGAUUGAUAAUGUAAGUAGGACUGUAAAAUGUAUAUAAUUUUGAUUCAGCUGUAUUGCAAGUUUCCUAACUACCACAUUUACCAAUGUAGAGGAGCAGUCACCAUGGGCCUAUAUAAACUGCAGGUGUCUAACAUAUGAACUCCGACAGAGCAGUAGUAUGAUGUGUGUAAUCAUAUCCUCCCUGGUUGUCUCUCUCUCUCUAUGGGCCACCAGACAUAAAGAAGAUGCCCCUGGGGAAGCUGAGCAAGCUGCAGAUCGCUAAGGGCUUUGAGGUGCUAGAGGAGAUCGAGGGAGCCAUGAACGCCAGCAGGCCCAAACUGGAGGAGCUCUCCUCCAAGUUCUUCACCACCAUCCCACACAACUUUGGACGCACCAGGCCCCCGGUCAUCAACACCUCUGGGAUCGUGGAGCAGAAGAAGGAGAUGCUUCUGGUGAGAUCAAUUUGUACUUGAUUAGACGCUGUCACAGUAUUGUGCUUUGUGGAAUGAGAUUGAUCUUGAUCAGUACUAUUUAGGGCCAAGAGAUUUUAUUAAUUUUUUAUAGCCUACAAUAAGUACCCAUUUUUCCCUGAUCAGGUCUGGUGAAACUCCUGGCCCUAAUCAUGAUGAGUAGUCUUUUCCAGGCCUGAUCCCAUUCCUGACUGUGCUGUCCCCUGCAGGUGCUGGCUGAUAUAGAGAUAGCCCAGAACAUGAAGGCUGAGACUAAGAAGGCCCAGGAGCAAAUGGAGGUGGAGAAAGUACCUCAUCCACUGGACCAGAACUAUCUGUCUCUCAACUGCAAACUCGGUCUACUACAAAGAGAUACACAGGAAUUCAAGGUACUGUGGUCUCUAAUAGAAGUUUCAUUCUAUACAAACAUGACUGUAUUGUUCAAAAUCAGACAAAUCUUUAGUGAUAUACUGAUGGUCAUAUUUAGUGGCGUAAAUGCCAUAUAGGUGACUAUAUUUACUGUGACAAAGCAUACUUUAUACUACAAAGACAAUAAUAUUGUAAAUGUUGAGCUUCCAUUGUAUUUCCAUUCUUGUCUCCAUUUAAAGGUAAUAGAGAAAUACCUGAAGGCCACUGCAUGUAGCCACAACCAGCCAAAGAUUAUAGAUAUCUGGGAGGUGGACAGAGAGACUGAGGUGGGUAACAUAUGGCACAACAACUUCAUAUCAUAAUCCUUGUAGCAUAUUAUACAGCAUUAAUUGUUUUACUCAUUUGCUGUGAUCUUGAUUUUUAUGCUGACGAAUAUAAAAAAUAUAUUGUAUAACUGUAGGUUUGUUUGACUUAGCAUGAGUAUUUAAAGUGAAUCUUUCUGUUGGUCUGUGUCUGUGGGGAUUGUUUUCCGCAGGCGGAGAGAUUCAGGGAGAAUGACGGUCUGGAGAACCGGCGUCUGCUGUGGCACGGUACGAACGUGGCGGUGGUGGCAGCCAUCUUGAAGGGUGGCCUGCGGAUCAUGCCCCAGUCAGGGGGCCGCGUGGGAAGAGGCAUCUACUUUGCCUCGGAGAACAGCAAGUCUGCUGCAUACGGUGAGGCUAUAGAUACCAUGUGGCGGCACUACCGUUAUCUCUUUUAGACGUCAACUUCGGAAUAUCCAGUCUAUUUUCAAAUGUAUGUUAUCAUACAAUAUAGUGAGAAUAAGACUGUUAGGUGCACUACUACGUCACUGUUAGUUUUGUGAAGAAAUACUGUGCUGUUUACUACAUAUAGGGACUUUAAAAGGAACUCCCUAACAGCCAUGUCUCUGUGUCCUGUCCCUGUGUAGUUCGUACGUCUAAAAACACGGGGGUGAUGUUUCUGAACGAGGUGGUGCUGGGGAAGGAAAACACUAUCACUAUGGACGACAGCUCCCUGAGGAAGGCUCCUACUGGCUACGACUGCGUGGUGGCUAGAGGACAGGUGGAACCAGGUACAGUAGCCUGAGCUAUGUUGUUGAUGUAAAUUAAGAAGAGCGUGGGGCCUAGGAUCGAGCCUUGGGGUACUCCCUUGGUGACAGGCAGUGGCUGAGACAGCAAACGUUAUGACUUUACACACUGCACUCUUUGAGAGAGGUAGUUAGCAAACUAGGCCAAAUACCCCUCAGAGACACCAAUACUCCUUAGCCGACCCACCAGAAUGGUCUACCGUAUCAAAAGCUUUGGCCUAGUCAAUAACAGUAACAGCACAACAUUGCUUAGAAUCAAGGGCAAUGGUGACAUCAUUUAGGACCUUUAGGUUGCAGUGACACAUCCAUAACCUGAGCAGAAACCAGAUUGCAUACAGAGAGAAUACUAUAGCCCUCAAGAAAGGCAGUCAGUUGAUUGACAAGUUUUUCCAACACUUUUGAUAAAAAGGGCAAGAGAAAUUUACCUAUGAUGUUAGGAUCAGCUUGAUCUCCCCCUAAAAAUAAAGGCACUGGGAACCUCCCCAGAGAGGAAAGACAGGUUAAAAAGGUGAGAGCAAGAGGCUCAACGAUGAUAGAUAAAGAGGAAAGGAUCUAAACCAUCUGACCCAGAUGUUUUUUGGGGGUCAAGUUUAAGGAGCUCCUUUAGCACCUCAGACUAAGUGACCGCCUGCAGGAACAAACUGUGUAGCGGGGCAGGGGAAAAAGAGGGAGGAGCAUCAGGGCUAGUUGCAUUAGAAGGGCUGGGAGAUGAGGAAGUGUUGGACGGGCAAGGAGGCAUGGCUGAGUCAAAUAGGAAUCCUGACAAUUAAGUGGUUAUUAAAGAGCUCAGGCUCCUUGUCAGUAACAACCACAUCAUCAACAUUUACAUUUACAUUUUAGUCAUUUAGCAGACGCUCUUAUCCAGAGCGACUUACAGGAGCAAUUAGGGUUAAGUGCCUUGCUCAAGGGCACAUUUACGUCAUUUAGCAGACGCUCUUAUCCAGAGCGACUACAAAUUGGUGCAUUCACCCUAUAGCCAGUGGGAUAACCACUUUACAAUUAUACUUUCUUUUUUUUUUUUGGGGGGGGGGGGGGGGGGGGGGGGGGGUAGAAGGAUUACUUUAUCCUAUCCCAGGUGUUCCUUAAAGAGGUGGGGUUUCAAAUGUCUCCGGAAGGUGGUGAGUGACUCCGCUGUCCUGGCGUCGUGAGGGAGCUUGUUCCACCAUUGGGGUGCCAGAGCAGCGAACAGCUUUGACUGGGCUGAGCGGGAACUAUGCUUCCGCAGAGGAAGGGGAGCCAGCAGGCCAGAGGUGGAUGAACGCAAUGCCCUCGCCUGGGUGUAGGGACUGAUCAGAGCCUGAAGGUACGGAGGUGCCGUUCCCCUCACUGCUCCAUAGGCAAGCACCAUGGUCUUGUAACGGAUGCGAGCUUCAACUGGAAGCCAGUGGAGUGUGCGGAGGAGGGGGGUGACGUGAGAGAACUUGGGAAGGUUGAACACCAGACGGGCUGCGGCAUUCUGGAUGAGUUGUAGGGGUUUAAUGGCACAGGCAGGGAGCCCAGCCAACAGCGAGUUGCAGUAAUCCAGACGGGAGAUGACAAGUGCCUGGAUUAGGACCUGUGCCGCUUCCUGUGUAAGGCAGGGUCGUACUCUCCGAAUGUUGUAGAGCAUGAACCUGCAGGAUCGGGUCACCGCCUUGAUGUUGGCGAAGAACGACAGGGUGUUGUCCAGGGUCACGCCAAGGCUCUUCGCACUCUGGGAGGAGGACACAACGGAGUUGUCAACCGUGAUGGCGAGAUCAUGGAACGGGCAGUCCUUCCCCGGGAGGAAGAGCAGCUCCAUCUUGCCAGGGUUCAGCUUGAGGUGGUGAUCCGUCAUCCAUACUGAUAUGUCGGCCAGACAUGCAGAGAUGCGAUUCGCCACCUGGUUAUCAGAAGGGGGAAAGGAGAAGAUUAGUUGUGUAUCGUCAGCGUAGCAAUGAUAGGAGAGGCCAUGUGAGGAUAUGACAGAGCCAAGUGACUUGGUGUAUAGGGAGAAAAGGAGAGGGCCUAGAACUGAGCCCUGGGGGACACCAGUGGUGAGAGCACGUGGUGCGGAGACAGCUUCUCGCCACGCCACUUGGUAGGAGCGACCGGUCAGGUAGGACGCAAUCCAGGAGUGAGCCGCGCCGGAGAUGCCCAGCUCGGAGAGGGUGGAGAGGAGGAUCUGAUGGUUCACUGUAUCAAAGGCAGCAGACAGGUCUAGAAGGACAAGAGCAGAGGAGAGAGAGUUAGCUUUAGCAGUGCGGAGAGCCUCCGUGACACAGAGAAGAGCAGUCUCAGUUGAAUGACCAGUCCUGAAACCUGACUGGUUUGGAUCAAGAAGGUCAUUCUGAGAGAGAUAGCAAGAGAGUUGGCUAAAGACGGCACGCUCAAUAGUUUUGGAAAGAAAAGAAAGAAGGGAUACUGGUCUGUAGUUGUUGACAUCAGUGGGAUCGAGUGUUGGUUUUUUGAGAAGGGGUGCAACUCUCGCUCUCUUGAAGACGGAAGGGACAUGGCCAGCGGUCAAGGAUGAGUUGAUCAGCGAGGUGAGGUAGGGGAGAAGGUCACCGGAGAUGGUCUGGAGAAGAGAGGGGAUGGGGUCAAGCGGGCAGGUUGUUGGGCGGCCUGCAGUCACUAGUCGCAAGAUUUUAUCUGGAGAGAGAGGGGAGAAAGAAGUCAAAGCAUAGGGUAGGGCAGUGUGAGCAGGACCAGCAGUGUCAUUAGACUUAACAAACGAGGAUCGGAUGUCGUCAACCUUCUUUUCAAAGUGGUUGACAAAGUCAUCCACAGAGAGGGAGGAGAGGAUUCAGCAGUGAGGAGAAUGUGGCAAAGAGCUUCCUAGGGUUAGAGGCAGAUGCUUGGAAUUUAGAGUGGUAGAAAGUGGCCUUAGCAGCAGAAACAGAUGAAGAAAAUGUAGAGAGGAGGGAGUGAAAAGAUGCCAGGUCGGCAGGGAGUUUAGUUUUCUUCCAUUUCCGCUCAGCUGCCCGGAGCUUUGUUCUGUGAGCUCGCAAUGAGUCAUCAAGCCACAGAGCUGGAGGGGAGGACCGAGCCGGCCGGGAGGAUAGGGGACACAGGGAGUCAAAGGAUGCAGAAAGGGAGGAGAGGAGGGUUGAGGAGGCAGAAUCAGGAGAUUGGAGGGAGAAGGAUUGAGCAGAGGGAAGAGAUGAUAGGAUGGAAGAGGAGAGAGUAGUGGGAGAGAGAGAGCGAAGGUUGCGGCGGCGCGUUACCAUCUGUGUAGGGGCAGAGUGAGUAGUGUUGGAGGAGAGCGAGAGAGAAAAGGAUACAAAGUAGUGGUUGGAGACAUGGAGGGGAGUUGCAGUGAGAUUAGUAGAAGAGCAACAUCUAGUAAAGAUGAAGUCAAGCGUAUUGCCUGCCUUGUGAGUGGGGGGGGGAUGGUGAGAGGGUGAGGUCAAAAGAGGAGAGGAGUGGAAAGAAGGAGGCAGAGAGAAAUGAGUCAAAUGUAGACGUGGGGAGGUUGAAAUCCCCCAAGACUGUGAAGGGUGAGCCAUCCUCAGGAAAGGAACUUAUCAAGGCGUCAAGCUCAUUGAUGAACUCUCCAAGGGAACCUGGAGGGCGAUAGGAUAUUAAGCUUAAAUGGGCUAGUGACUGUGACAGCGUGGAAUUCAAAUGAGGAGAUAGACAGAUGGGUUAGGGGAAAAAUUGAGAAUGACCACUUGGGAGAGAUGAGGAUUCCUGUGCCACCACCCCUCUGACCAGAUGCUCUCGGGGUAUGCGAGAACACAUGGUCAGACGAGGAGAGAGCAGUAGGAGUAGCAGUGUUUUCAGUGGUAAUCCAUGUUUCCGUCAGUGCCAGGAAGUCGAGGGACUGGAGGGUGGCAUAGGCUGGGAUGAAGUCAGCCUUGUUGGCGGCAGAACGGCAGUUCCAGAGGCUGCCUGAGACCUGGAACUCCAGGUGUGUGGUGCGUGCAGGGACCACCAGGUUAGAGAGGCAGCAGCCACGCGGUGUGAGGCAUUUGUGUAGCCUGUGCGGAGAGGAGAGAACAGGGAUAGGCAGAGGCAUAGUUGACAGGCUGCAGCAGAUGGCUACAAUAAUGCAGAGGAGAUCGGGAUGAAAUGAACUAAACAUCAGGGAAAGGAGAGAGCAGGCCUCCCUCACCAAAAAAAAAAUAUAUAUAUAACUCUCCCAACUUCCACCUCAGAAACUAUAAUUGUUUCACUGAACCACCCGAGUAAAACUCUCCCAACUUCCACUUUAGAAAUUAGAAUUGUUGUAAACUACAGCAGACUGUUAUCAGUAGCUGUAAUUAAGUACAGCAGCUACCAACCACCUAACGUUAAUGCCUCGGAUGAGGUUAGAAAAACAGCUGAAUGGUAGCAGCUAGCUGGCUCAAUCACAGGUACUCUUAAGCAUGAAAUAACAUUGGAAACAAUUAACCAUAGUUGCAAAAAGUUACCAGUAGCUACCCGCUAGCUAGCUAGCUUUGUUGGUCCAAGUAGUGGGUAGGCUAGCCUCGUGCUUCGCCGGAGUCCGCCGAAUACAGUCCUUACCUACAAUAAUUACCUACAAUAACCUUCAAUAACUACCUGAGUAAGCUACCUAUAAUAUCAAACUACAAUACCUACCUACAAUCUAAAUACAUGGUUUAAGCUUAACUCAACACCAUAUAAGAAGCCAGGGGCAUGGGGAGCUGUGAGGAGGAGAACUGCUCCUUAAAGUAACUAACUUUGGCCUUACGAAUAGCCUGAGUGCACUUAUUUCUCAUUUGCCUGAACGACAGCCAGUCAGCAUGAGUAUUUGUUUGCCUUUCGCCAAAUGGUGUUCUUGAGGUGGAGUAACUCUGCUAGAUCACGGUCGAACAAGGGGCUGAACCUGUUUUUUAAUUCUCAUUUUCUUUAUUGGGGUGUGCUUGUUAACAAUACCACUGAAAAUAUUAAAAAAGAAGGUCGACUGAGGGGAUCAAGCUGACUAUAUACCAAUUUACAGAGGCCAGGUCAUGAAGGAAGGCUUGCUCAUUCAAGUUUUUCAGCAAGUGUCUGUGACAAAUCAGGACCGGUCGUUUAACUGAGCAGCCAUUACGAACAUUGGCUGUAAAACAGUGAUCACCAAAGUCAUUACAGAAAACACCAGACUGAUACCUAUUAGGAUUAUUUGUGAGGAUAACAUCAAGUCACAUUGUUUUAAGACUUUGUCAGGUGGUAUAAGCAUGUCCCAGUUUAGGUCACCUAACAGGACAAAUUCAGACAUAGUGUAAGGGGCCAGGAGAGAGCUUAGGGAAGGUAGGGUACAGGCCGGUGCUGAUGGUGGAUGAUAACACCCAGCAACAGUCAACAAAGAGCUAUUUGAAAGUUUAAUGCUUAAAACCAGCUAAUAAAAUUGUUUUGGGGACAGACUGGAGACAACCGAGCACUGAAGGUGUUCCUUGGUAAAGAUUGCCACUCCACCACUUUUGGAAGAUCUGUCUUGCCGAAAAAGAUUCUAACCAGAAAGGUUAACAUCAGUGUUCAGAACACUCUUUCUUAACCAUGUCUCAGUAAUGACAACACAUCUGGAUUGGAGCUGUGAACCCACACUUUCAAUUUAUCAAUUUUAGGUAAUAAGCUUAUAGUGUUAACUUGCAGAAAACCCAGGCUUUUACGAGAGCAGAAAUUAGUGAAGCGGAAAUUGGAGCACAAGUCAGAAAUGGGGCUAACAACAGUAGCGGACCAGGGUGUGCAUGCACAUUUCCAGAUAUCAUCAGCAGUAAUACAAUCAGGGCACAGCAGAGGACAGGGAGAGCCCUGCAGUGUUUAUUUUUUAAAAUGACAUUUGAAUGUGCAUUAGAUGGCAACAAGAUCAUAUUGUACAGCAAUUUCAUCAGGUAAUGUGAAUAUAAAGCCGGCGAGAGGUGGUUAGAAUAGGAUGGGAAGCCAUAGUCGUAAGUGUCUGUCUCCAUAUACACUACUGAAGUGGUCACUGUAUGUCUAAACAUCUGGUAGAUGAUCAGCAGAUAUCCAGAAGACUGCAUCAGUCUAGUGAACACUGUUGUUGUGUAUAUCAGUACAGUGUUUUGUACAGUUGUGUAGUGAACACUGUGUGUUGUUUCAGACCCGUCUAAGGACAUCUUCCUGACUCUGGAUGGUAAGCAGGUGGCUGUGCCUCAGGGUGAACCCAUCAAGCAGCCCCAGUACAAGGACAGCCACUUCUCCAACAGCGAGUAUCUGGUCUACAAGGAGAACCAGUGUCGCAUCCGCUACCUGCUGGAGCUCAGGUUUUAACCGGAGAGGAGGAGAGGCACCUAUGCCCUCUAGGAGAGCGAUAUCUCCUGCUACGUCUAAUUAGUAGAGUAUGAAGAGUAUUAUUCAAAUGAAGGUUGUUGUUGUUAGACACAACUAUCACUGAGUACCAUAUUCAACCAAAGUUCCCUAUAAUAUAUCAGAUAUACUUAUCUGUGCCUUAUGCUUUACACAACAGGCUUUGAGUGAAGUCUUCCAUUGUCAGUUUUAGUUGCAAGUCGUUGGUGAUUUUACUCUUAAACUGAGUAUAAAAAUUGCACUCACUUAAAAUUCUAAUCCUUAUUGUAAUUAUAUUAGUCUGCAAUAUUUACUUUGAACAGACCCAUAGUAUGGUGGAUUUUCAAUGUUAUUGUACUAUUUGGCCACUCAUUUCUGUUAUGGGAGGACUAUUCUCUUUAUCUUUACUGGAUGUAGUGUGAAUACUGUACCUUUACUAAUAUGCAAUACAGUACCUACCUGUAUCUUCAUUCUGCACUACAUCUGUUUUAAUUUUGCUGUGAGUAUUUCCUACUCUGAAUAUACUUGUAUAAAGCUUUUUAUUUUCACUUACCUACUUUAAGUGAAAACAUCUCUCUUCAAUAACUGUUUGAAUGUUAGUGCAUGCAACAUAAUUCAAUACAAUAGAUAGGCCUAUAUGCUGUAUUAGCAUGGAGUAAAAGGCAUGAUUGAAGGAAUAACUAUAAAUGAUCUCUGUAUGUUUACAGAAGUUUGAUUUGCCUAUAGUGUGCGUCUAUGAAGGAGACCAUGCAGCUUUGCAAAUCUAUAAUCCCAGUGCACUGUGUAUGUUAAUAUUCAUGUAAUACCUAGCAAGGCUCUGAAAGUUCCAGUGGUGAUGAUUAAUGUGCUUGUCUCAGUUUAUACAUUUGCCUGGGUCCACAUUCACAAAGCGUCUCAGAGUAGGAUUCCUGAUCUAGGAUCAGUU